AGCUCCCAAUGAUCUUUCAUUCUCAAUGAGUGAUUGACAAGCACUCCUUAAGACAUGGAAUCCGGAUUCGUUCAUAAUCCUUUCUUUAGAAAACUUUCGUUAUUUGUAUGUUCCAGAUCUACAGAAACGUGUAAGACAGUUUCUCGACCCAACUUUGGGACCUCGCUGCACUUGAGGAGUCCUUGUUUUUUCAAUCAGGAAUCGAAAAGUAGUUGCGGGAACAAUAAAGGAUUUCUUUGUCUUGGAGGAGAAAGAAACAAUCAACAACUUGCUGAUGGAGAUGGGGUUACCGUAGGAAUAGCAACUUGUAUUUUAUUUUCCAUUGUUGUGAAUCGAUUAUUUACCUCCGAGUUGACUAUAUCUCAAGAAAGAGCAGACUUAUUAGGAGUUAUUUUUUCCGUUUUAUCGUUGGUUCAUGUCUUAUGGAGACAAGACUUUAAAACGAAGGAGGGAGAAGUUGAAACACUUGUAGGAAAAGACUACCGAGAAAUAAAUGUUUUUUUGAAUCAUCAAAGCUUGUUGAAGUUGGAGCACUUGUGUCGUUGGAUUCAAGAAGUCACUUGUGCUAAAAGUAUUGUGAUUCAAAAUGAUGACUUAACUUUAGUUCGACUGGGUCCCGGUCAAGAAGGACAAACGGUCGCUUUGGGGGAACUGGCGAAACAGUGCUUAACAUCAGGAGAAGCAUCUUUUUUAGCAGACUUGAAUAUUGUAGCAGGAAGAAAUGAAUUCAACUAUAUGCCUAGCAAUUGUAAAUCAAUCUACAUGGAACCCUUGACAGAAAAUAUUUUGCUUAUUCUGGGAUGUGGAAAGGUGCGACCUUUCACAGAAGUGGAUUUGAUAUGGAUACGCUCCAUCAAAGUUCAACUCGUCGAUCUUUUUUCAAAUAUUGAAGUAAGUAUAUGUUUUCAUUGAUCCACUCGAGGAAAAAGUCUAA